AUGGAUAAUAAAGGAAUUGAAUUACAUCUAGAUGUCAGUACUAGAACAUUUGUUCUAAAGAGUAAUAAUCAUACUUUGAUCAUAAGGCAUCCAUUCCCCACUAUCAAUAACGAAUCAAGAUAUCAUGUCAUUCAUCGUCAUCUCAACUCCAAAGCAUCUUCAUCUAAUCCAAAAGGUUCUGGUGGAGCUUCCCUCUUCAAUAAAGUCCUAGUGGAAUUUGUCCAACUGGGUUAUUUCGAUGUGGCUGGGUUUUCAAAUAUAACUCCUAAGAAAAAGAAACUUAUUGGAUUCUUAGGUUUAUUAAAUAUUAAAGAUUAUAUCUAUUUGGGAUUUAUAACAAGUGAAGAAACUGUUGCUUAUUCCAUUGGUGAUAAAGUUAUGAGAAUAACAGGAGUCGACUUUUACUGUUUAAACAGUGAUGCGUAUGAUAAUUACUUAAAUAUUGAUGAUAUACCAGAUCCAAACAUUCAAACAACCAAGAAACCUCAUUCAUAUCCCGCUGCGUCAGUACGAAGGUUCUUGAUGAGUGGAUCAUUCUAUUAUUCUAAAACGUUUGAUAUAACGACUCAUUUUGGUCAUCGAUUCUCUUAUUCAAAAAUGAAAACAAAACUAGUUGGUGAUAAUCCUUACUUCAAAGUCUUCAUGUGGAAUUCAUUCAUGUUAUCUGAAUUAAUUGAAUUCAGAAAUAGACUUUCAUCGGAAGAGCAAACUCCAUUCGAUUCUUGUGGGUUUUUAACUACUAUAACUAGAGGUUAUGCUCAAACAGUAGAUACUACUAUAGGAGAUGCAAGAGCCCAAUUAACUAUUAUCACUAAACAGUCAUGUUUUAAGAACGGUCCUUUGUUUGGAGAUUGGGGUUGUGAUGAAGAAGGGGCUGUGUCCAACUUUUCAGAAUCAGAAGUUAUAGUCCACACAGAAAAAUAUUGCUUUUCAUACGUUAUAGUAAAAGGUAAUGUUCCAAUAUAUUGGGAAUUAGAAAGUAAAUUAAGCAAAAAGAACAUCUUAUCAAGUAAAAAAGUGGUCUUAAGUAGAUCAUUUGAAUCAUCACAAUUUGCAUUCAAGAAGCAUUUUGAAGAAUUAGAACGACAAUUUGGUCAUAUUCAUAUCUUGAAUGCUAUUUCAAGAGAUCCUAAAUCUUAUAAAUCUCUAUUAACUAAAGCUUAUGAGGAGCAUAUCAAUUUCUUAAAUAAAUCCCGUGAAGAUGAAUUCAAAGAAAAUAUUCAUCAAGUUACAGAAUCCCAACCUAAUAAAUUAAGUUAUACUUAUAUUCCUGUCGCUACAUCAAAUAUGAAAAAAUAUGGUUAUACUACCAGAACUCAACCUGAUCUUUAUCAACUUUUGGAAGAAUCAAUUUAUCGAUAUCAAGCUACGGUCUUUGAUAUUCAAGAAGGGAAAUUCACUAAUAAACAGUUGGCUGUGUUUAGAAUUAAUUCGUUUGAUAGUUUAAGUAAAGCUAAUUAUAUUUCCAAAAUUGUGAGUCAGGAACUUGUAUUAUCUGCAUUUAGAAUCCCAAUGGGUGAAGAUGCAGUAUUUAAACAUGCUAAAUUAUGGGCAAAUAAUGAUGAACAAAUUAGUAGAAUAACUGAAGAAUAUAUUUCAACUACAAAUAAAUUAAAUACUUCUAAAUCCUUAACUACCAAGACAACCACGUCAAUGAAGAAUCAUAUUUCUACCAAGUAUUUCAUUGAUGUCAAGCCUAAUACAUCUGGAAUGUUGAAAUUGUUAGGUAAGAUGGAAGAACAAGUCAGUAUUAGUAUCUUUAAUCCUAUUCAUGAUUAUGUUUCAAAGCGAUUAGCUAAGGUAGCACAUCUAUUUACAUCCGAAGGAGAAAUAACAAUGUUUGCCGCGACUUUUAAUGUGAAUGGGAUUAAUUAUGAUGGUGAUUUACGAGAUUGGAUAUUCCCACCAUCAACAAGUCCACAAGAUCAAGAUUAUAGUCUUGUAUUUGUUGGAUUUCAAGAAAUUGUUCAAUUGAAUGCAUCACAAAUGAUUAAUACUGAUGCUUCCAACCUUUCAAUCUGGGAAAGAAAUAUCUUGAGAUGUUUAAAUAAACGUAACCCAAAUAAUGCUAAAUAUGUAUCCAUGUGGAAUGGACAAAUUGGUGGUAUCGCUCAUUUAGUAUUUGUUAAGGAAAGUGAUCUUAAUAAAGUCAGUUAUGUGGAGGGAUCAUUAAAGAAAACUGGAUUUGGAGGUAUAAGUGCUAAUAAAGGUGCCACGGCUGUUAGUUUUAGAUAUGGUACUACUACUUUUUGUUUUGUGACGUCCCAUUUAGCAGCAGGUCAUAACAAUGUUGAAGAAAGACAUCAUAAUUAUAAAAGUAUUAUGAAGAAUAUAACAUUUUCCAAGAAUCGAAAGAUUCGUAAUCAUGAUGUGGUGAUUUGGUUAGGAGAUUUUAAUUAUAGAAUUUCAUUACCUCAUAAAACUGUGAUGGAUUUAAUUGACGAUAAAAAUUAUCCAAAAUUAUUUGAAUUUGAUCAAUUAAAUAAAGAAAUGGCAAAUGGUGAAAGUUUCCCUUAUUUUGCUGAACUGGAAAUUAAAUUCCCACCUACUUAUAAAUUCAACAAUGAAUCUAAUGAAUAUGAUACUAGUGAAAAACAAAGAAUUCCAGCUUGGACUGAUAGAAUUUUAUAUUUAUCAAGAGUGGUUCGACCUAUUAAUUAUUCUAGUGUUCCAAGUAUAAUAUUUUCAGAUCAUAGACCAAUCUAUGGACAAUUCAAAAUCAUUGUUACAACUAUUGAUAAAGAAAAGAGACUGGAAUUAAGUUCAAAAUAUUAUGCUGAAUAUAAAAAGGAAUAUGGUAAUGAGAAAUUCAUUCUUGCAUCUGAUUUUUCACAUUUAUUAGACGAUAAUAUACGGGAAUUACCUGCUCCAAGUUCAGAGAUUUCAAAAUGGUGGUUAAAUGGUAAAUCUGCUAAGAUCAAUAUUCCUGAGUUAAAUUAUAAUAAUGAAGAUGGUGAACAUGGUAAUGAGAAUUAUGAUGAUAAUCGAAAUGUUAUCAAUCCUAAAUUGCCCAUUAAUCCAUUUGAACAGACUCAUGAGCCUGAAGUUAUACGAAAGAAUUUAGUUAUAUCUUCAUAA